AUGAUCUUCCGACGAGCUAUUUGCAAAGGAUUCUGGGUGAGUGUCAGUCAGCUGCUGCUAAAAUUUGGCCUGGCCUCAAUUGCAGCUUCAAGCUCACUGGUUCCUCCAGGCUUGGCACUGGAAUCAAAUCUGCAGCUUGCGAUCCGGGGAUGCAAAGUGAUUUCGACUAUUGCUUGGAUGUGUGAUGUGGGGCGUGCCAUCAGGCCGGAGGAAUGGAGCCGCUUUGGCGCAGAACUCAAUCAGAGCGAGCUACUACAUGAAGAUCCGGAAGGGCUGUAUGGAAGCAAAGCUAUCAGGCUGAGAGAUCGCAAGCACGAGCGGCGCUGGGAGAUGGUGCCACGGGAUGGACAUUAUACCUACGACAAUGUCAGGCUCGGGAGGAAGUCGCGGUUGACGCUCGAUAAGGAAUAUGGCCAGUUCUUCAGCGACACGCCAUGCGCAAGACGGGCGACCAGGGUGCUAAAGCGACUGUUCCCUGACAUCGCAGGGUGCGACGUUACUGACCUGGUUGUGAGACAGGGCCAGAAAGGCAGCUACAGUACAGAUGCGACAGGCUGGGACCUGUUUGAAGAUGUUCUGCUGCAGCUGAAAGCCUGGCCAGACCUUCCCCCGAAUUCAACCCUACAAGCUUUGUUGAGAGACGUGGAAGCACGGGAAACUCACAGCGCGAGGAGUUUCAGGACAAGCCUGGAGGCGGCACGUGACCUUGUCCGUAUCGUCAUCGAAGUGAAGAGACGGGGCGCCGGUGACAGAGAGUACAUACGCUCCGUAUUGCACCACAUCGGUGAUUUCAAUGAGGAUUGGUGCAAGAUGGAUCUAGAACUUUCUGGGAACACACUGGGGAAUAGAAGGCACCGCAACAGGGUUGUGCGAUCAGGCGCCGUGGCCAGUGCAUUCCGAGACUCAGCUUUGCGCGUGCUAUCUGCAAUCCAGGAAGAAACGCCGCUUGGUCAAGUUCAAGAGGAGGAUUACGCCAAGUCCCACGGAAAGCUCAGGCAAUUGCAGCUCAUCUUGUUCCACUCGUUCUUCCAUGAUGACGAGGAAGUCUUCCGGCGCUGCAUUCGUGUUGCCAAGUCUUCUAUCCCCCACUUCAGGUUCAAGGACACGGACUCUGAGCUCAGGUUUUUCAGAACCUACGAAGGUGUGGGGAAAGGCACCAUACAAAAGGCACAGAACAUGGCUUCCUGCAGCGAUCCGGACCCCGUCGUUGCCAUGCAGCUUCUUCUCAUGAAGGCGAUUGAAGAUCGACAGCAGCAAGACUCAACUGAUGUUACACUCUUCAUCCGUCACGAUGCUCAUUCGAUGGCACGUAAGAUCUGGAGGCGUUUAAACCUGGGCACAACGCUUGACCCAGAAGACGGUAUCCGGGAAGGCUCCAGACCUUUGGCUUUGGAUGUGCUCGGGGACUAUUUAACCUUGGUUUGGAUGUGGGAUGUGCAGUACGACGAGGACGAACAAUUGAAAGCUCUGAUGAUAGAACUGCGGAGAGCCUACCCCCAAGAAGCCCGCCAUGGGGCGCCAUUCCUGGCUGUAGUCAUGCAUGGGAAAGCUGCUGAUGCAGCAAGGGAUCUCCGAGAUAGCUACGAGCAUGCAGAUGAGCGGCAUGGACAUGACAUGUCGGCAGAUGCGCGACUGUAUUCUCUAAAGGGGCAGCUGUCUGCAUCCGAAUGCAGAGACGCUGAUGCCGUGAAAGGCUGCCGUUUCGACGGAGAGGAGCCCGUUCCCUGCACGAUGCUGACCAAGUGGCGCGAGCUACUGGGACUUGUCAAGCUGCAUGCCCAAGGUACCUUGACCAGCACGGAAAUGCGCAAGUAUGUCCACGACUUGCUCCAGUCCGGAUGGGCAUUGCAAAGCCUCGAUGCUUGGAUGUUCGACGAGCGCUGCAGGGGGUUACUCCGCAGUUUGUCGUGA